AUGGGCGCCAAGACAUCCGAAGACGAUUACAAUGGAGGCAAUGGCCAAGGACCCCUCUCAUCCAAGCCAUCCUCCGCAGGUGGAGAACCACGCGGUGCUCAUUUUGCCCGUGACGGAGACGGUAGUCUCGGCGGCGAAGGGGGCGACGACGACGACGAUGAUGAUAUCAAUGCUACCACCGGAUCGAUAAACGCGGAUGGAGCUGCUAAGAAAAAGAAGAAGAGAAAGCCAAAGAAGAAGAAGAAGACUACUUCGCAGCAAUCUUCACCUCCCAGGGUUCCCCUGAGCGAGCUCUUUGCAAACAAGGACUACCCCGUUGGUGAGAUUCAGAGCUACUCUGAUGACUUUAACACGGCUCGCACUACAGCUGAGGAAGUUCGCUACAAGGGUCGAAAACAGCUUGAGGACCCUGCGUUUCUGAACGACUAUCGCAAAGCGGCAGAAGUACAUCGUCAGGUCCGACAGUGGACUCAAGAGAAUGUCAAGCCCGGCCACACCCUCAAUGAGAUUGCCAAUGGCAUUGAGGACGGUGUCCGUGCGCUUCUGGGAAACCAGGGAAUUGAACCCGGCGACAACAUCAAGUCCGGAAUGGGCUUUCCGACGGGUCUUUGUCUGAAUCACGAGACUGCGCACUACACGCCUAACCCAGGCCAAAAGGACGUUAUUCUCAAGUAUGAGGAUGUCAUGAAGGUUGAUUUCGGCGUGCAGAUCAACGGAUGGAUUGUAGACAGUGCGUUUACAAUGUCUUUUGAUCCGACGUAUGAUAAUCUCCUGGCUGCCGUCAAAGACGCUACCAACAGCGGUAUCAAGGCUUCUGGAAUCGAUGUUCGUAUUUGCGACGUCAGUGCUGCAAUCCAAGAAGCGAUGGAAAGCUACGAAGUCGAAAUCAACGGAAAGACAUACCCCGUCAAACCAGUCCGCAACAUCUCGGCGCAUAACAUCAAACAUUACCAAAUCCACGGUGGAAAGUCGAUCCCGUUUAUCAAGAACAAGGAUCAGACUAAGAUGGAGGAGGGAGAGGUGUUUGCCAUUGAGACAUUUGGAACGACUGGUACUGGAAAGUUGUACGACGAUGUUGGCAUUUAUGGCUAUGGUCUGCAGCAUGAUGCGCCCAAGAAUGUCCAUUUGCCUUUUGCGACUGCGACUAAGCUGCACAAGGUUAUCAGAGAACAAUUCGGGACUAUUGUCUUUUGUCGUCGAUACCUUGACCGUCUUGGUUUAGAUCGAUACCUGGCUGGUUUAAACUCGUUGGUAUCGCACGGUAUUCUCGAAGCGUAUGAACCAUUGGCGGAUGUCAAGGGUUCUUACUCCGCGCAGUUUGAGCACACAAUUCUGCUUCGAGAGUCGAACAAGGAGGUUAUCAGUCGUGGAAGUGACUACUAA